CAAAUGCGAAGACGGCGGUGGGGGGGAGGGGUGGUGACUCGCGCGCACCAUGCAGCUGGCUCUCUCGCUGCUGCUCCUGGCCGCUUGCGUCACUGCUUUUGCGCAGAUCGCGUGGACUCCCAUCUUUCUUGACGCCACCAGCCAAGUGGACCUAUGGACGCAAUCACCGAAGGGCUGCGCGUGCCCGUCGGGCGCAGACGGGGACUGCGCAUGCUGCGUGCGCGACGGCGCGUGCCCGUGCGGCGACGUGGCGCCGGCGCGCUGCGCGCAGUGCGGCCUGGAACAGUACUGUGCCAACAUGUGCAACAUCACAAUCGACUCACGCGUCCUCAAGACCAAAUCCGGCAAGACGUUUGGGCAGAUUAAAUCGCCCUCCAUCCAAGGCCCUGGUGCCUGCUCCUACUUUCUACAGCCGGACGCAGGCCAGCGAGUGGAGAUUCAGCUCUACAGGCUUGUUUCCGUUGGAAGGUUCAAUGGUACCAGUUGCGAAGGCGGCUGGCUGCAGCUGAGCGGAGCGAGCGCGGUGCGCGCUGCGGGCGCCGGCGGCCCGGCCGAGACCCGCCUCUGCGGGGCCAAUGAGCGCUACACCCCGCCCGUCGUGCUGUUCGCUGACCACGGCGCUUCCACUUUGGAAUUUAGGAUAACGGAGACGACGGACCGGUCACAGUUCCUAGCGUUCUUCAGCUUCACUUCUCUCAGCAACACGCAAGGCGUUGGCUUCCAUCCGAGCGGCGGUUCCAGGAUCCCGCUUACAGAUUGCGACUGGCUGUACCAAGAUGUAUCGUGCCGCGGGCCCAGCCCGUGCGUGCUGGCGAGCCCGGGCUACCCGGGUCUAUACCCGCCGCACCGCCGGUGUCGCUACCUCUUCGCCACCAACUCCGUCAACACCAGGGUCAAAAUCAUCUUCACAUCCAUUUUGCUGCCCAGAAAUCACUGCGCCACGGAUUACCUAACGCUUCGAGCUGGCAACUCGCCCUCCGCUCCUUUGCUGGCGACGCUUUGCUCGGAGAGAAGCGCUACUUUGGAGCAACCCGGACCAAACCUAUUACUAGAAUUCAAUUCAGGACCGCUGGUGCCACCGUACGACUACAAUGGGUUCAUCGCUCGAGUGGAGUUCACGGAGGGGGUGGACGGCAGCGCGCCGCCGCCCACUGUUGUUGCCUCGCCGCCGUUGGCUGCGCUCACGCAUCAUACGUCGCACGAAGAUAGAUUGUUAGAUUUGGACAGCAAUUCCGUGGCAAAUGAGAUCUCGAGCGGCGUGGGCGCCGGCGGGCGCGUCGGGUGCGGAGCGCGCGUGCGCGGCUACGGGCCCGGCGGCGCGCGCUCCGGACACUUCGACACGAGGGCGUCCGCGUGGCGCGCGCAGUGCGCCAUACAUCUGCUGGGCACGCCGACUGACGUCGUGCAAGUUACAUUGUUUAAUUAUAAUUUAAGGUUACAAAGUUGUAGAUCUCAUAUUGAGAUCUUUGAAGGACUUCACGAGUUUCCCUCGAGAGAGAGGGGCGAGCGGUCAGACAGAGCGGACCGGACGCUGCUGAGAGUGUGUGGUCCGGCCGUGAGAGAAGCGAGGGACCCGUCUGGGAGGUUCCUGGUGCGGCAGGCAGUGAUAUCCAAGGGUGCUAACUUGACCAUUUUGGUGCGACGCGCGACUUCGCAGAGCGCUGAUGACGAAGAAUUCCUUGAUGGCGCUUUUGCGUUUCAUGACGAGCAACACGAGGGUACUGCGUCCCCGGACGCCACAUGCACGGCCACGCAUUACGGGCUGGCGGCGCCAGCACACGGCGGCGUGGCUGCACCAACACACCACCACGUGUUCUGGAACCUCGAGGAGCGGCUGGUGUGCACGCACCGGUUCAUACCGGCGGCUAACCAAAGCGUCACCAUCGAGAUUCAGCGGUUGGAACGCAUGUGGAGCGCCGAGCCAGCCGGGUCGGGCGCGGCGGGCUGCCGUACGGCGUGCGGCGACGCCGGGUGCGAGUGCCGGGCUGCGACCCCUCUGCACUACCAUGACCACGUCGCGCUCGUAGCAGGCGAUGGCACGCACCUGUCCUGUUUGUGUGGUGACUUUCAGGCGGCGUGGCUGCCGGUGGUCGUGCGCAGCUGGACGAGCCUGCGUCUCGAGUACUCGGUAGCACACUACACGUUUGCGAGCCGAGGCUUCGACUACGCUGCCGCCUACAGCUUUAACGACGACGCCAUGUGCGGACAGCGCACCUUCACGACGCAUUCUGGUGAAAUAUCUUCACGAAAUGUGCCGGUAACGGGCAGCCUAAACGAGUUCUUUUACCAACAAUGCACUUGGGUGUUGGACUCAAAUGUUGAAAGACAACUCUACAUUGAUAUAUCCUCAGAACAGGACAAGUCGUGUGGGUCGUGGAACAUCACCCUGCACGAGUGGGCCGGCGCAGGUGCUGGCGAGGCGGGGCUGGCGGCGGCGGCCGGAGACCGGCUCUUCACCUUCUGCGCGCGCUACAAGAACCACACCUAUUCGCUGCCCUAUAAACAGAACACUGUCGUCAUAAGACUCGUGGCGUUGUCACGGCAGCAGCCGCUGUACACAAUUCGGUGGCGCUCGCAGGUGGUACGCGCUAACACGCGCCUGGGCGCGCCUACGCCCGCGCUGGCCGCCUCGGCCAGUGAAAUCACCACUCAUUUACACCGUCUUCUACUCUCCGCGGUCCUCUACGUCAACGCUCAAACUUUCCGCCCAGUGACUGUGUGAUUUAAAUUAUUCAGUGAAUCUCGGUGGCUGUUUUGCAUAUUUACUUAUUGAAAUUUAAUUUUUUUGAAGCCGUGCGAACGAUGGGAAUUGAGUGCGGUGAGAAGACAUCUUUACUUAGGUGUAUCGUAUAGUCUUCAGUUUCGUAGAUUUGAUAUUGAAUGGAUAUCUGAUGCUAUAACAGAUGUUUGAGAAUUAUACUGGUAAAUAAAGGCUUUUUUGUUCAUAAACACAGGGUGAUCGUAUUUCAUGUUACGUUAGUGAAUCGUUAUUGUUUGCUCUUUUUAUUUUUCAGUACUUCUAGUUGCUUUUAUUUUAAUCAACUGUAAGGGGCCCACUGAUUAACAGUCCGCCGCACGGUAUCGGCCUGGCAGUUGUUCGGAACUGUCAAAAUUGACUGCUGACAAGACAAAACUGACAGGCCGAUACCGUCCGGUGGACUGUUAAUCAGUGGGCCCCUUACGAUCAAAGUUGGUAUUACUUGUUUAAGAGAACACAUUGCAAAUCGAUGUAUUAAAGUAGUUAGGGGAACACACUGAACAUUUUAAAUAACCGCUAUAUUUAUUUUUAUUUUGUCACUGUAAAUACAAACAUCACAUCAAGUUCAUUAAUAAAACGUAAGACGAUGGUAAGAAUUUAUAAUUUUAGAAGGUUUAGUGUCCAACACAAUACAUGUUCAAUCGUUAAAUUGUUUGUUUAAAAUAUUAGUCUUUAAUGUAUGUAUGUACGUCUCGAUGUCAAUUAUGAUAUUUGUUGAUAUUAUGUUAGUCAAACCAAACAGCUAACUUAGUUUUGUGUCGGGCUUUGUUAGCUUAGGCGCUGCAGAAUUAUCCAGUUUUAUUGUGAUUUUGCAUAAAUUCGACGAAUUAAAAUAGGUAUGUACCUACCUAGGUAGCUUAUACCUAUUAAAUCAAGAGCAAACUUAACAUUUCUGGAACAUAACGUAGUUGAAAUAGGUCUGUUUUAGCUUGUUUUAACAUGUUAUAAGGCUUUAACUAUAUAAUAUAGUUAAAUAAUAAUACUUGGUUGAAAAAAAACCGGCACGUGUUUACUGUUUAUUCAUUGCAGAGUAAAACUCAAUUAUUCUAAAUACCUUUGUAUUAUGCACAGAAGUUUAUAAAAUACGUAGCCAAAACUUGUUAAAGCAUGAACAUUCUUAGUUCAUUGCACAUAAAGUCAUUAGAUACUACACAAAAGUAACCGAGACUGACAGUCUUUAUACAAAAUCUCAGUCGUAUAGAAACCUAGAAAUUAUAAGUGUGAUCAGCUCAAGAACUGUACUGACUAGGCUAGAGCAGACGACGUAUUCAGAUAAAAAAAAAUAGUAAUGCUAUUGUUCAGUGCAUCCCCUUUGCACCUGAUCGGUGAGUGUGAGUGAAUAAGACUAAUUGGUUAUAAAAUCAUAUUUUUUAUCUGAAUGCACCUCUAUGAAGUCCAUUGAACUUGUAGAAAUUCAGUUGAUAUCGGAAGUCUCUGCUUACAAAAUAUUUCUGUAGCUUAAACGCAGCUUAUUUAACUUUAUGAAAUGUCCGCAAUAGUUUAAUGGACUUUAAGCUUUGAUAAGGGCAUUUACGCGAGCAUUUACUUUGGUGCAGAGGCAAUUAAUAGUUUUAUUUAUUGCUUGCAAUUGCGCUUAAGUUGAUUUAAAGGUGAACUAUGUACCGUCAGCAUUGAGAUAAAUUAUAGCCGUGAUAGUAGAACGCUGGCAGUCUUACCUUGAAAGCCACUACAGUCCGUUUCUUUUAGCAUUAGAAAGAACUUCGCAGAAGUAAGCUUGUGGUUCCAAAUCCGGCACUUUUAGCGGUAAUAAUUAGCCCCAUGCGUGAUUUUAUUUUAAUUUUUCAAAUCAUUAUUUACAUCGUUUGAACACCGGAAAAUAUAAAAAUUCUUUUAUAAAGUUUCCCAUUAUUUUAUUAAAAAAUAUUUAAAAUGUUGAAAUAUUUUGAGCGGUUGAAACGCUCAUAAUUUUUGGCGCGAAUUCUUGAUGACGCGAUGACGUCACGCGUUGGAUCGUGAACUAACUGACGUUUGUUAUUAUUUACUGUUCUAUAUGAAACUUAUGCAAGCAACUCCGCUCUUUCUGUGUUUAUUCGUUGUAUUGUUGUUAAUAACAUGGAAAAACCUAAAAAAACAUUUUAUACUUCUAAUAGGUAUUGUUUAGUACCAAUGUGUAGAAACACUACCAUGAAUGCACCCGAGAAAACAUUUUUUGACGUGCCAAGAGAUGCGAAAGUACGCAAACGAUGGUGUAAACUUAUGAAAAGAGGAAAACUAAACCCCAAAACUACUUUUCAUUGUUGUAAAAUUACAACAAUGUUGAUACAUACAUGGUCAUAAUUGUCAUAAAACGUUACUCGUCCUUUGCGUUUUCAAAGCAAAAUAUACAUACACAGUUUAUAGGUUAUUUAUUAUGGUAACUAUACAUUUGCUAUCACUUUGAGCUUUACACACACACAUAGUAAAAUUCAUUAUAUUAUUUACCUUUUAGCUUUCUUUCCUUUCAUCUCAGUGGAAACGAAAUUUUUAUUGUUGGCGAAAUAUGCAGACAUCAUGAAAGCAUCUACAUAUGUGUUGUAGAUUGUCCGAUUGCGCUUUGACAAACCCGCUGUCCGUCAUCGUCUCGGUGGCGUCGUUUUAUUUGAUAAAUACUUAUAUUUUCUAUUUCACUUAAAUUUCCACCGCUUUGUUGUUUGGUUAUUUUGCAUUGAUAAAAUUGAAAUAGCGCGCUUUGAGUAUCCCGUGCGCAUGACAAUGACAAAUUAGAUGACAGCACUAACCGUUCAGAUACUUACAAAGUUUCAUGGUUAUAAAAAUUAUAAAUAAAAGAUAUCUUUAUUAUUCAUGUUUUCAGAAAUAUCACAUGCAGUGUAUUGGAUCUAAUAUGGGGUCACAUGCAAUGCGUAAAUAAAAUGACACUAAACUCAACGAGUGACGUCACGUGACGUUUCGACCAAUGGCGUUGCGUUUCGUUCACUAGCUUUUCGCGGGCAAAUUUUUGUACUUUUUAUUUAUUAUUUUAAACAAUUCAAUGAUAAUUUAAUAACGGAAAUGCAUUUGUAACAUGAUAUAAUAGUAACAAUCAUCCGAAUAAAAAAUAUUUGAAUGAAAUUUAAACUUCAUGCAUGAAGCCAAUUUGAAGUAAAUUUACCAUAUUGUCCAUGCUACAUUAGAUAAUUCAAUAGUUCUUAACAAUUAAAGAUCCUGAUAAAAACUGCACGCUUGCUUCUGUGGAGUUCUUUCUAAUGCUAAAAAAAACGAACUAUAGCCAUAUAAACUAAAAAUAAAAACAACAGACAAAAUCACAGAAACAAUUUGAUGUUGACUGUACUUAGAUUAUUAUACUAGUUUUAUUUUACUAAAACCUAAUUAAUAGGAGAUUGAACUGACAAGUCAAAUUGGAAUAUUUUUAAAAUGUUCAAACAGCCCAAUUUAUUUAUAUUGAAUAUAAUAAGUAGAACUUCGUUUUAAUCUAUGUAUCUUCAAGUAUUUAAUUAAUUGUUUAUUGAAAAAUAAUCUAGGCAUGGCAAAGCCACCGCCAAGUCAAGCAAGAUAUUAAUUUUACAACAGUUCGAUCCCCUAUUGAGCCUUGUCUCUACCCCUUAGUAAUGUUUAUGUAAACUACGCCGUUGUUCAGUGUUCUUAGUCAUUGUUUUUAAUAGCAAAUGUGCGGCUGACUCAAACUAUCGAUUAAAUAUGUUUAAUUUAGACCAGUAGAUGUAAAUAGUUAAUUCGGAUAAUAACUAACGAAGCUCUAAUCUUAUUAGACGAUUCCGUGGUACCUAUUAAUAAAAACGUUUGUUACACCGAAAUAGAUAAACUGAACGCA